AGGGAGAGUGUUUGGAUGAUACAGUGACGUUUAUUUUGAGAUUUGGAAAUUAAGUUUCUUUUUUGGAUUCGUGCAAAAGUUUUUCAAUGAAAUUUUUUUCCAUUAAAUCAUUUUGCCGCACAAAAAAUUAGAAACGAAAAAAUUACAAGAAAAUGUGAAAAAAAAUUCUCCCAUCAAAACAAAACAAAAAUUUCCAACAUUCCCAUUGAAUUCAUGGUUCCCAGCAAAGAAGCAAAGCCUCCAUAAGCGCACGCCAUCUUUUGAAAAUCAUUCGAAUCACAAAUGUUUUAUACACCUAACAGUCCAGCGGCGUUGUGUUGUUGUCAUAUGUGUAUAAUGUAUUCAACAAAAGUGACGUUUCGACUACAAAUAGCUGAGUCAAUGGUCAAAAGCUGUGUAAUAAUUAUUGGUGUUUUUCUGUGGACUGAACCAAACAAUUAUUUUUACUUUUUUUUAGAAAUCCGACCAAAUCUAGGCGUAAUUUGUUUAUCGCAAAAAUGAUAAGCUAUUUACAUUAAGUAGCGUUCAAUAAGGCUGAAUAAAUCGGAAUCCGGCGGAAAAUUUAAGAGAGACACAACAUUAAACCACCAUUAAAUUGAACCGAUAAAAUUCAACUUCGAGAAUAAAAUUACUUCGCCACAGUCCAAAAUGAAUGUACCCGUGCAAUGGAUAUUCUGUGUGUUGCUGGUGCCGUUGAUAUUGUGUGAUCGGUUGGAAGAUAAAAUGUACUCAACGAUCAGUGGGUCGAUAUGUUUCCGUCGUUUGAAUGCGACGCAUACAACGGGCUGUGGUUCAACAUUGGGCGGAUCCGUAGGUGUUUUACACUUGAUUGAAAGUCAUGCCGACUUUGCAUUUCUAUGGAGUAAACCACCAGCUCCACCAUAUACAUUACUUGUGCCACCAUGGCUAUUCAACCGUGAAAACAUUCUGGAGGUAACAUCUCGAGCCAAAGAAAACGUGGCCGGUAUCGUUCUCAUCGAAAAUGGCACAAAUAUCGAGCAUUUCAGUUCGGAAUUGAAUUGUCCGAAUCAAUACGGCGGUCUGCCGGAUCAAACGUGUGAUGCGAGCCGUCCAAACACAACAUGGAACCCAUUCGGUACGAGAUUGUUGCAUGAAAAUUUCCCAUUCCCAAUUAUUUACGUGAAAGAUGCGGAGAACGUUCAAAAUUUGGUCAAUUGCUACCAGAAAUUUAAUGCACACGACAUAAAUGGCCAGCACAAACGACGAUUAUGCAGCAUUCAAAUCAAGUCAUUCAUGUCGGCCGCUGUGAAUUCAGCCGUUUGCAUGCGACGCACCAAGUCCAUGAAUAAUAUGAAUCCACAGCGUUACUGUGAUCCGUUGCAGAGUAAAAAUGUGUAUGCAACAUUGUUCCCACGAUUGCCAGAGAAGGUGUCGGAAAAUUUGAUUUUGGUUGGUACUCGAAUUGACACAACGUCGAUGUUUGAUGGAGUUGGCCUUGGUGCUAUGGAUUCACUUGUGCCAGCCGUUACACUCAUGAGCACCGCUCAUACUCUCAAUAAAUUGCUCGCCGCCCACAGCAACGGUCGCUACAACGUUAUGUUUAUGCUGUUCAAUGGUGAAGCCUAUGACUAUAUUGGAUCGCAGCGUUUUGUGUACGAUUUGGAAAAAGGUGCUUUCCCACCGUCAUCAGAAAACCCGAUUAAGCUGAGCGACAUCAAAUUGUUCAUCGAUAUCGGUUCGCUGGACAGCCCCAACUCAACGACCAUUUAUCAAUUUGGCAAAUUUGGACUUGGUGACAAAAUCGCUAACAUGUUCAAAACGAAUAUUCAGAAAUUUGGCUCAGUUUUUGAUGUUCAGCGCAACACGACGAAAAAUUUACCGCCAACAUCGGCUCAGUCAUUUUUACGCGAUAAUCAAUCAUUUCCGGCUGUGAUUUUCUACUCGGACAACCAUAAAAAUCGAUUCUACCAUUCGAUUUAUGACAAUGACAAGAAUAUCGAGUUUGUGUAUAAGAAUACGAGUCAAGAUUUCACAACGCUCGUUGAUUGGACUAAGGAAAAAGUGUUCCAGCCAUCGAUCCAAUUGGGCAUUCGAAAUAUUUCAUCAGCAUUGGCCUUUUCGCUGUAUGAACUCGUGACUGGAGGUGAAUACACUAGCGAUUUGGCAGCAAAUCCAUAUUUGAUCGAUGAGAUGCUGUUUUGUUACUUGCAAUCGGCCAAAUGUCCACUAUUCCUAGCAGCUGUGAAAGAUGCAGCUGUGCCCAUUCUACCGUUGCCACCGCAACGAUAUGUCAGUGUACAAAACUCAUUGUCGUAUGAAACCGUCGGUUGGACCUAUCGAGUGCUUGGCUUCUUAACCGGGCGACCCGAUAAAACGGCUAACAAGGGAAACUGCACCGUUUUACCAUUGGCUUGGUUUGCCGGAUUCAAUGGAAAAGGCGAAUGUCUAUACACCACACAAAACCUAUCCAAUGCCUACAGUCCAGCAUUUUCCAUCGACGAUUAUGACUGGAAAUCCGGCCGAUAUUCAACAUGGACCGAAUCGACAUGGAACGAGAUUAAUAUUCGCAUUUUUCUCAAGCCGCCAGUGUCCCAAGAAGCAUUCACGCUGGCCAUCGGAUUCGGUGUUAUGCUCAUAUCAUUUGUGCUGGUAUUUAUCGUCAACACCAAAUCCGAUGUUCUAUUCGGCGAGAGCACAUCAUCAAUUAACGUCCUCACCCUACCGUCACAGUGCUAAUCUGUUUCUACGCAUUCUUCGGUGAAAGACUGCAACUGUGAAAGUGAAUCGUUGGGGGAAAAAAAUCAAACAUAGUCAUGACAAAUGAGGCCGAUUUUGUUUGUUUCGAUUUCCGUAAAGACAUUGACAAAAGACUUUUAAAAUGAACCCCUUUUUUCUCAACCAAAAAAAAACAACUAAUCCCGAAAUAAAACCCACUUAACACACAGAUACGAUUUUGUUGUUGUUGAAUAAAUCAAAAGAUAAAGUGAAUUUUUCAUUAUUUUAGGCUUUUAAGUGUAUUUAAGAUCGAUUAAAAUACAAAAAAAAAUUCUAGAAAUAAAUUAAAAUUUUAAUUACAAAUUUAAAUGGAAAA